AUGGUAUCGAGUAAAUACCUCACCUGCUUUUCAGAUUUUCGACGCCCGGAAGCUGAGAUGCACAUGACCAUGACAGACUACGUGCUUUACCUCCAGGAAUACUCGGCUCACUUCGGCUUAUUGGAGCUGAUUCGCUUCAAUGUCAAGGUCAUCAACGUGCAGAAGGGCUGCAAUACCAUGGACUCCUAUGAUGUGACGCUGCAGGCUGAUGGCGAUGACUCUCAUCCAUAUGUAGAGGUGUGGGACGCAGUAGCUAUCUGCUCCGGUCUGCACAAUGUGCCAAGAAUACCUGAGUUCCCAGGUCAGCAGAAGUUCGAGGGUCAGAUUCUUCACAGUGCCAACUACAAGGAUCCGGAGAUUUUCAAAGGUCGAAAGGUGCUGAUUAUCGGCACAGGAGAGACAGCAUUUGAUCUCGGCUAUGCUGCUGCGACCAAUGGUGCCCAAAGUGUCACCAUGUCGACACGGCAUGGCUUUGUCUCGGUGCCUGCCUGUUUCGGCGAGAACAAUCCGCCUUUGGAUUGCGUCAUCAUGAACUGGGCAACCCAUGCCUGGGAAAGCAAAUGGGCGCAGCGUGUUGGAAUGCAUUGGUGGGUAACUACAAAGUUUACUCGCUUGGGUUUUCUCUUCACCACAGGCUGUUCGUAUGGCUUCAACCAGUGGGUUGGCAAGCGGUACAACAUGACCUGGGAUGAUGGCCGAAAACAUAUCGUGAACAAAUCCUCGAAAUGCAUGCCUCUGUUGAGCCGAGUGGCCAAGAAGAAGGUUAGUUGGUUGCGGAGAAUUAUCUACUCAUGGAUGGACGGUGAGUACAACGACAUACCCUUGGACAUUGACUUGGUAGAGGGCUCUGUUCUGGAGCUGCAACCAGAUGGCGUGGUCUAUGAUACUGCGACCGGGGAGCAGCACGUGAACACAGAUCUUCUGGUGCUGGCCACCGGCUACCGGCAGCGCUUUCCAUUCCUGCACGGCGAAGGUACCAGAGAGGAUCCACUGCCCCAGCGCCAUUUCCUUGUUGAUCCGCAGCAACCGCGGCUGAGCUACAUAGGCUUCAUCCGGCCAAACGUAGGUGCGAUUCCACCCAUGGCAGAGAUGCAAGCAAUGUGGUGGUGUCGCCUGCUGGAAGAUAAGGUCAAGGAGGGACAUCCUCUGGACAGCUCCUGCUAUAGACUCACCGAUUCCAGGCUCUGUUAUGGUGUGGACUAUGGAUACUACAUGUUUGCUUUGGCAAAGGAGAUGGGAGCAGCACCAUCUCUUCGACACUGGCUCUGGCGCGACUGGCGAGUCAUGCUGACCUGUGCCUUUGGCCAAGCGCACGUGCCUAUUUUCCGUCUUCAAGGACCAUUCCGCAGUGCAGCUUGCCAGGCCACCUGCCGCUCAGAGCUAUACAAUGUCUUGUGGACAAGACCAGUGGUGAUGAAUCUCACCUUCCUCAUUGAAGCCAUUACCUUUGGAGUUUGUUUCCGUCCCCGACAUGAAGCAGAACCAAGGAGACACCUACUGCAACGGUCUGAUUCAGCCUGUGCACAACUGGGCCUAUCCGCCAUACGAUGA